AUGUCUUACGAAAGAGCGGAGGUAUUCAGCGCUCAAGUUCUACCAGGCGAAGAACCUCAAGAUUCUUCAUUCAAUGAGAUCACUAAGGCGUUUCGGUCAUUCAUUUUGGAGUUCCGCUUGAACAAUCAGUUUAUUUACAGAGACCAGUUGCGGGAAAACUUAUUAAUCAAAAACUUCUAUCUUAAAGUUAACUCUGAACAUUUGAUCGGUUUCAAUGAAGAGCUCAACAAAAAACUAUCUGAUGAGCCAGGUGAAAUGGUUCCUUUGUUCGAAAAUGCCAUCACAGACAUAGCGAAAAGAAUCGCUUAUCUUUCCAACGACGAUGUUCCCAGGGAUUUUCCCAUAUGCCAGUUGAUCUUGUACUCAAAAUCAAGUACCAUAUCUAUUAGAAACUUGGACUCUGAACAUAUCUCCAAAAUUGUUAGAGUCAGUGGAAUCAUCAUCUCGGCCUCAGUUCUUACCUCUAGGGCGACUAUGGUCCUGUUGAUAUGCCGCAAUUGUAAACACACCAUGAAAAUGAAGGUAGCAUCCGGAUUUGGCUCCUUGAACUUGCCAAGCAAGUGUUUGGCUACCCACAACCAUGAUGAAGUUCACUCACAACAAAAGUGUCCUCCAGACCCAUACGUGGUUGUGCACGACAAAUCGACUUUUAUUGAUCAGCAAGUAUUGAAGUUGCAAGAAUCACCAGAUGCUGUUCCCGUGGGAGAAAUGCCUCGUCAUAUUUUGGUGCAAGUGGACCGCUAUCUCACUAACCAAGUCACCCCCGGUACCCGUGUUACAUUGAUCGGAACCUACCUGAUUUAUCAAGCCAAACAAAGAACAAGUGCUGCAGUGAACACCGUUGCAAUUAGAAACCCCUAUCUUAAAGUGUUGGGUAUUCAGACAGAUGUUGAUACUGCCGCCCAAGGGCUCUCUUUCAGCGAGGAGGAGGAAGAAGAAUUUUUGAGAAUGUCACGGAUGCCAAACUUGUACGAAGUGUUUUCAAAAUCCAUUGCUCCUUCCAUUUAUGGUAAUGAUGAUAUCAAAAAGGCGAUUACAUGCCUCUUGAUGAGUGGAUCUAAGAAAAUUUUGCCCGACGGAAUGAGAUUGCGGGGUGAUAUCAACGUAUUGUUACUCGGUGAUCCAGGUACAGCCAAAUCUCAAUUAUUAAAAUUUGUGGAAAAGGUCUCUCCUAUAUCGGUAUAUACUUCCGGUAAAGGUUCAUCUGCCGCAGGUUUAACUGCAUCUGUUCAGAGGGACACGCAAACCCGAGACUUUUAUUUGGAAGGUGGUGCUAUGGUCUUAGCAGAUGGUGGUGUGGUGUGUAUUGAUGAGUUUGAUAAAAUGAGAGAUGAAGAUCGUGUUGCAAUUCAUGAGGCAAUGGAACAGCAGACCAUUUCGAUUGCAAAAGCUGGUAUUACUACCGUUCUCAACUCUAGAACGUCCGUUCUUGCGGCAGCAAAUCCUAUUUUUGGUCGUUACGACGACUUGAAGAGUCCGGGCGAGAACAUUGACUUUCAAACUACCAUUCUUUCACGUUUUGACAUGAUUUUCAUUGUGAAGGACGACCACAACGAGUCUCGAGACAGGCUGAUUGCCCAGCAUGUUAUGAACAUCCACACGGGUAACAGUGCUGAGAAUGAAGAGCUGGAGGGUGAAAUCCCGAUUGACACAAUGAAGAGAUACAUUCAAUAUGCGAAAUCAAAGUGUGCUCCUAGAUUGAGUCCUGAGGCAUCCGAGAAAUUGUCAUCGCACUUUGUGGCCAUUAGAAGAAGAUUGCAGGUGAAUGAAGCGGACAUGAACGAAAGAUCGCUGAUUCCAAUCACUGUUCGUCAACUCGAAGCCAUCAUUCGUAUUACCGAGUCUUUGGCAAAACUUACAUUGCUGCCCAUUGCCACUGUUGAUCAUGUGGAUGAAGCAAUCCGUUUAUUUACUGCUUCCACUAUGAAUGCUGUCGACCAAGGUGUACAAAGUGGAUCUUUGAUGGCCACAGGAAAGUUUGCUGAGCAAAUCAAGCUUGUGGAGCACGAGUUGAGACGGCGUUUGCCAAUUGGGUGGUCUACGGCUUACAAGACUCUUCGAAGAGAGAUUGUCGAUUCAGGCAAAGCUCCGGCUGAAGCCUUAGAUAAGGCAUUGCACAUUAUGGAGAGACACGAAGUCAUCCGGUUCCGCCAUCAAAGACAAAACAUUUUGCGUGUUGGCGUUUAA